UAAAAUAUGAAACGAACAAAGGAAACCAUUUUUAGAGAGCAUCCCGAUUGGCAACAAAGACAAGGUAUUAGUGGUCUGAAAGAAUUUGAUGGAGAAGAUUUAUGUAAUUUAUACUAGUUAUCCUAAAGAAUUUGAUUCCCGUAAUAAGUUUAACAAGGAUCAAUAAAAAUAAUGGAUAUUCGAGUAAAUUGAAGAGAAGAGAAGAAGAUAAGAAUAAGAAAAGGCGGAGGAAAUGGCAUAUGCUUAAUAAACCCUAGAAAUCAAUAGAUUCAGAGGAAUGCUCUAAGAUAACUUUGCAUCUAGGAAGACUGAUAUGGGUGUUGCCACCAAACAAACAAAUCUCUAAUUAGUAAUCAUUCUUUCAAUUAUUAUUAGGCUAAGGAGAAAAAAGAUAAAGAAGAAAGAGAAAAAUAAGAAAAAUUGGCCGCUGAACGCGCCGAAAGAGAUUUAUUACUUGAGCGUGGUCGUAAGUAACCAUAUCAGGGAUGA